AUGGGCACCUGGGCCUACCUCGCCGCCCUUUUCCUUCUCUGCCUGACUUCUGAGAGCCUACAAGGCGGCUUUGGGAGCCCAAAUGGCUACCGACAAGGCUACGGCACCUCCAGUGGGCUGGGAGCAGGAUUUGGGAAGGGGAACCAGCUAAGAUCCCAGCCAGGCACUGGAGGGAGUGUGAAACCUCAGAGGCCAGGGUAUGGAAACAGAUAUAGGCUGGGAGCAGGACCCAUUCCAGGUGCUGCAGCCCAGCCAGGCUUUGGAGCAGGUAGGAAGCCCCAGAAGCCAGGAUAUGAAACUAGGAUGGCAGCUGGAGCCUUCCCAGGGGUGGGCGCCCUGCCUGGAUUUGCCAAUGGAAAUGCCCUGGGGGCCCAGCCAGGUUCUGCAGUUCUGAGUGGCUUUGGAGCAGGCUUUGGAUGGGGUGGAAAACUCCAGAAGCCAGAAUUUGGGGUCAGGAAUGGACUGGGAGCUAUGGCCUCCCCAGGAGCUGGAGCCCAGCCAGGAUAUGGAGGGGGCAUGAAGGCCCAGAAGUCAGGGCCYCUAGCUCAGAUUGGCUACAGAGCAGGCUUUGGAGGGGUCAUGAAGCCCCAGAAGCCAGGUUACGGCAAUAGAAACGGAAUGGGAGCUGGCCUAGGCCCUGCAGCUCCAAAUGGCCAUGGACCAGGCUAUGGAGGGGGUGCAAAGCCCCAGAAAUCAGGAUACAGGAAUGGGAAUGGGCUGGGGGCCCAACUGACCAGUCCCCCAGCUCAGAGUGUCUAUGGAGCAGGUAUUGGGGAAGGCACGCAGCCCCAGAAGCCAGGGUACAGGAAUGGGCUGGGCGCAGGAGGCUUCCUGGGGAAAGGGGUYCAGUCAGGGUACACACCAGGGAAUGGCCAGGAGCUCCCACCAGCCCUGGGUGUGGGCAUGAAAGCUUGGAAGCCAGGAUAUGGCAAUGGAAAUGGGCUGUCGACCCAGCCAGGCUACCAGCCUCCCAGUGGCUCUGGACCAGGAGCAGAACAGGGCUUUGRUGGUGGUGACCUCCAGCUGCAGGAAGUUGGUUUUGGUUAUGGGAAUGAUGCUCUGGGCACUGGGGUCUCCCUGGAGGCCCCGCGAAAGCAAGUCAAGCUGGCGGCGCGGCUGCCCCGCUCCCGCUCGCACCCGCGGCUCGUCCGCGGCCGCGUUCACUCCCGGCUGGGCAGUGCUCGCGCGUCGCUGCCGCCUACACCGCCGCCGGCGCUAUCCCUGCCGCACCCACCGCUACCCGGCCUGCCGCCCGGCUUCAGCUCCAGUGCCCCUCCGCCCUCGGCCCUCGCCCGGGCUGAGCUGCCACCGCUGCCCGCACUCCCGCUGCGACCCGAGCCUCUGGCGCCCUGGGGCCCCGGAGACCACUUGACGCUGCCGGAGCUGCCGCCGGAGGCCUGCUCGCCGGCGCUACCCGCCGCGGCGCUCGCCCUGCAAGACUUGCCCCGCCUGCCUGCGCCCGCGCCGCCGCCCGCGCACCUGCCCCUACCUCCGCUGCCCGAGGCCGCGAUGGCCACCGCGCCGGGGCCGGUGGGCGCGCGCGGCCGUCCGCCCCUGCUAGACGAGCCGCAGCAGCAGCCGCUACCGCCGCUGCCUGCUCGACCCUCSCCUUUCAACCUGCUGGCGCCGCCCACGCCCCGCGACCCCUGGCCGCUGCCAGUCUUCCCUCCGCCCCCACCACCGCACUUUUUCCUGUCACCGCCUUUCUGA